AUGCGUCCCGAAGUCGAGCAAGAGCUUGCCCACACCCUCCUCGUGGAGCUCCUUGCCUACCAGUUCGCCUCUCCCGUCAGGUGGAUUGAGACCCAAGAUGUUUUCCUCGCCGAGAAGACCGCCGAGAGGGUGGUCGAAAUCGGUCCCGCUGAUACCCUCGGUGUGAUGGCCAAGCGCACCCUCGCCUCCAAGUACGAAGCCUACGAUGCCGCCAAGUCCGUCCAGCGUCAGAUUCUUUGCUACAACAAGGACGCAAAGGAGAUCUACUACGAGGCCGACCCUAUCGAGGAGGAACCCGAGCCGGCUGCCGCCUCUUCGAGCGCCCCCGCCGCCGCUCCCACCGCUGCUGCUCCCGCGGCUGCUGCUGCCCCUGCCGCCGCUGCUGCUGCGCCCAGCGCCGGUCCCGCUGCUGCGGUUGCCGAUGCCCCCGUCCAGGCCAUCGACAUUCUGCGAUCUCUGAUCGCUCAGAAGCUCAAGAAGCCCCUCGCUGAGGUGCCUCUGAGCAAGGCCAUCAAGGACCUUGUUGGCGGCAAGUCCACCCUCCAAAACGAAAUCCUCGGUGACCUUGGCAAGGAGUUCGGAUCGACACCCGAGAAGCCUGAAGAUACCCCUCUUGACGAGCUUGGUGCCUCGAUGCAGGCUACCUUUGACGGCCAGCUCGGCAAGCAGUCCCAGGCUCUUAUUGCCCGUUUGAUCUCCUCCAAGAUGCCCGGUGGCUUCAACAUUACCGCUGCGAGAAAAUACCUCGAGACAAGAUGGGGUCUGGGUGCUGGAAGACAGGACGGCACUCUGCUGCUGGCCAUCACAAUGGAGCCCGCCGCUCGUCUCGGCUCCGAGGCUGAUGCCAAGGCUUUCCUCGACGAUGUCACCAACAAGUACGCCACCAGCGCUGGUAUCAGCCUGACCACAGCUGCCGCUGCUCCGACCGGCGGCUCUGGCGGUGGCAUGAUGAUGGACCCUGCCGCCAUCGACGCUCUGACCAAGGACCAGCGUGCUCUGUUCAAGCAGCAGUUGGAGCUCCUCGCCAGAUACCUCAAGCUGGACCUCCGUGCCGGCGACAAGGCUUACAUCAACUCGCAAGAGUCAGAGAAGCUUCUGCAGGCCCAGCUGGACCUGUGGACGGCCGAGCACGGCGAGUUCUACGCUGCCGGUAUUGCUCCCGUCUUCAGCUCUCUGAAGGCUCGUUCCUACGAUUCUUCCUGGAACUGGGCUCGCCAGGAUGCUCUUACCAUGUACUACGACAUCAUCUUCGGCCGCCUCAAGGCUGUCGACCGUGAGAUUGUCAGCCAGUGCCUCCGCAUCAUGAACCGCGCCAACCCCACCCUCGUCGAGUUCAUGCAGUACCACAUUGACAACUGCCCUGCCGAGCGCGGCGAGACUUACAAGCUCGCCAAGGAGCUCGGUGAGCAGCUCAUCGAGAACUGCAAGGAGGUCCUCACCGCCAACCCCGUCUACAAGGACGUCGCUGUCCCCACUGGGCCCCAGACCACCGUCGAUGCCCGUGGUAACCUCCACUAUGAGGAGGUCCCCCGCGCCAGCUGCCGCAAGCUGGAGCACUACGUCCAGCAGAUGGCUGAGGGUGGCAAGAUCUCCGAGUACGGCAACCGCACCAAGGUUCAGAACGACCUUCGCCGCAUCUACAAGCUCAUCAAGGAGCAGCAUAAGGUGUCCAAGUCCUCUCAGCUUGAGAUUAAGAACCUGUACGGUGAUGUCCUGCGUUCUCUGGCCAUGAACGAGAACCAGAUCAUUCCCGACGACAGCCCCUCCAAGAAGGACAAGCCCGCUACUGGCCCCAAGGGCAAGGUCGAGACCAUCCCCUUCUUGCACCUCAAGCGCAAGAGCCUCCACGGCUGGGACUACAGCAAGAAGCUCACCGGCCACUACCUGCAGUCUCUUGAGGAGGCUGCCAAGGACGGUGUCAGCUUUGCCGGCAAGCACGCUCUCAUGACCGGUGCCGGUGCCGGUUCCAUCGGUGCUGAGGUCCUCCAGGGUCUCAUCAGCGGUGGUGCCAAGGUUGUCGUCACGACGUCUCGCUUCUCUCGUGAGGUCACCGAGUACUACCAGUCCAUGUACACUCGUUUCGGUGCCCGCGGCUCCCAGCUUGUCGUUGUUCCCUUCAACCAGGGUAGCAAGCAGGAUUGCGAGGCUCUCAUUGAGUACAUCUACGACACCAAGAACGGUCUCGGCUGGGAUCUCGACUUCAUCGUGCCGUUCGCCGCCAUCCCUGAGAACGGUCGCCAGAUUGACAGCAUCGACUCCCGCUCUGAGCUUGCUCACCGCAUCAUGUUGACCAACCUUCUCCGCAUUCUCGGCAGCGUCAAGACCCAGAAGAACGAGCGCGGCUACGAGACUCGUCCCGCUCAGGUCGUCCUGCCCCUCUCCCCCAACCACGGUACCUUCGGUAACGAUGGUCUGUACUCCGAGUCCAAGCUCGCCUUGGAGACUCUGUUCAACAGAUGGCACUCUGAGGACUGGGGUCACUACCUCACCAUUUGCGGUGCCGUCAUUGGCUGGACCCGUGGUACUGGUCUCAUGAGCGGCAACAACAUCGUUGCUGAGGGUGUUGAGGCUUUCGGCGUCCGCACCUUCUCCCAGCAGGAGAUGGCCUUCAACCUGCUCGGUCUCAUGUCCCCCGCCAUUGUUGACCUCUGCCAGAGCGAGCCCGUCUUUGCCGAUCUCAACGGUGGUCUCCAGUUCAUCCCUGACCUCAACCAGACGAUGACCAAGCUCCGCAAGGACAUCAUGGAGACCAGCGAGGUCCGCCGCGCUGUCACCAAGGAGAACUCUAUUGAGAACAAGGUCGUCAACGGCCCCAACUCGGAGGCUCUCUACAAGAAGAAGACUGUCGAGCCCCGUGCCAACAUCAAGUUCGACUUCCCCACUCUUCCCGACUGGGACGACGAGAUUGCUCCUCUCAACGACCGCCUCAAGGGCAUGGUCGACCUCGAGAAGGUUGUCGUCGUCACUGGUUUCGCUGAAGUCGGACCCUGGGGUAACUCCCGCACCCGUUGGGAGAUGGAGGCCUACGGUGAGUUCUCCAUUGAGGGUUGCAUUGAGAUGGCCUGGAUCAUGGGCCUGAUCAAGAACCACAACGGCCCCAUCAAGGGCAAGCCCGCUCCCUACUCCGGCUGGGUUGACGCCAAGACUGGCGAGCCUGUCGAUGACAAGGACAUCAAGCAGAAGUACGAGAAGUUCAUCCUCGAGCACUCUGGUAUCCGUCUCAUCGAGCCCGAGCUUUUCGGUGGAUACGACCCCAACCAGAAGGAGCUUCUCCACGAGGUCGUCAUCGAGGAGGACCUCGAGCCCUUCGAGGCCUCCAAGGAGACCGCCGAGGAGUUCAAGCGCCAGCACGGUGACAAGGUCGAGAUCUUCGAGAUCCCCGAGUCUGGAGAGUUCACUGUCCGCAUGCGCAAGGGUGCUGCUCUCUGGAUCCCCAAGGCGCUCCGCUUCGACAGACUUGUCGCUGGCCAGAUCCCCACUGGUUGGGACGCCAAGAGAUACGGUAUCCCCGAGGACAUCGUCUCUCAGGUCGACCCCGUCACUCUCUUCGUCCUCGUCUCAGUUGCCGAGACUCUCUUGUCCGCCGGUAUCACCGACCCGUACGAGUUCUACAAGUAUGUCCACGUCUCUGAGGUGGGUAACUGCAUUGGUUCCGGUAUGGGUGGUGCUGGCGCUCUCCGCGGCAUGCACAGAGACCGCUUCCUGGACAAGCCCGUCCAGAACGACAUCCUCCAGGAGUCCUUCAUCAACACCAUGGCCGCCUGGGUUAACAUGUUGUUGAUCUCUUCCUCCGGACCCAUCAAGACCCCCGUCGGUGCUUGCGCCACUGCCGUCGAGUCCGUCGACAUUGGUUACGAGACCAUCAUGGAAGGCAAGGCUCGCGUUGUCUUCGUCGGUGGUUUCGAUGACUUCGGUGAGGAGGGCUCGUACGAGUUCGCCAACAUGAAGGCCACCAGCAACGCCGUUGACGAGCUUGCUCACGGCCGCACCCCUGCCGAGAUGUCGCGUCCCACCACCACCACCCGUAACGGCUUCAUGGAGUCCCAGGGUUGCGGUGUUCAGCUGAUUAUGACCGCCAAGCUUGCCCUCGACAUGGGCAUGCCCAUCCACGGUGUCCUGGCCCUCACCACCACCGCCACCGACAAGAUUGGCCGCUCCGUCCCUGCUCCUGGUCAGGGUGUCUUGACCACUGCUCGUGAGAACGCUGGCAAGUUCCCUUCGCCCCUGCUCGACAUCAACUACCGCCGCCGUCAGAUCAACCUUCGCAAGAAGCAGAUCAAGCAGUGGCAGGAGUCUGAGCUUGAGUAUCUGUACGAUGAGGUCGAGGCCAUGAAGGCCCAGGGCUCUGAAUUCAACGAGAAGGAGUACGCCCACAACCGUGCCGAGCACAUCAAGAAGGAGGCCGAGCGUCAAGAGAAGGAGGUCCUCCGCAGCCUGGGCAACAACUUCUGGAAGAACAACCCUGAGAUCGCUCCUCUCCGUGGUGCCCUCGCCACUUGGGGUCUCACCAUUGAUGACCUUGCGGUCGCUUCCUUCCACGGAACAUCCACCAAGGCCAACGACAAGAACGAGUCUUCUGUCAUUUGCCAGCAGCUCCGCCACCUUGGUCGCAAGGAGGGUAACGCCGUCAUGGGUAUCUUCCAGAAGUACCUCACUGGUCACCCCAAGGGUGCUGCCGGUGCCUGGAUGAUGAACGGCUGCUUGCAGGUCCUGAACACUGGCUUGGUUCCUGGUAACCGCAACGCCGACAACGUCGACCCUAUCAUGGAGCAGUUCGACAUGAUUGUCUACCCCAGCCGCAGCAUUCAGACCGACGGCAUCAAGGCCUUCUCCGUCACCUCUUUCGGCUUCGGUCAGAAGGGCGCCCAGGCCAUCGGUGUUCACCCCAAGUACCUCUUCGCCACCCUCGACGAGAAGACGUAUGACGAGUACGCCUCCAAGGUCCAGGCCCGCCAGAAGAAGGCGUACCGCUUCUUCCACAACGGUCUCAUCAACAACACCCUCUUCGUUGCCAAGUCCAACGCGCCUUACACCGACGAGCAGCUCAGCAAGGUUCUGCUCAACCCCAAUGCUCGCGUGACCGAGGACAAGAAGACCUCCACCAUUUCUUACCCCUCCAACUUCAUGAAGGCGUCUGAGAAGACCGUGUCCCCCACGGCGUCUCAAGCCACGCAGGACAUGAUGGAGGCUCUGGCCAAGAAGGUGGCGUCCAAGAACAGCAACGUCGGUGUUGAUGUCGAGGACAUCUCUGCCAUCAACAUUGAGAACGAGACCUUCAUUGAGCGCAACUUCACUGCUGGCGAGAUCCAGUACUGCAAGUCGGCGCCCAGCCCCCAGAGCUCGUUCGCCGGCCGCUGGAGUGCAAAGGAGGCCGUCUUCAAGUCUCUUGGUGUUUCCAGCAAGGGUGCUGGCGCACCAUUGAAGGACAUUGAGAUUGCGAAGGAUGAGUCGGGUGCCCCGUCGGUCAAGCUUCACGGUGAUGCCGCCGCCGCCGCCAAGAAGGUCGGUCUGAAGGAUAUCAGCGUCUCCAUUUCACACUCGGAGUCGCAGGCGAUCGCUGUCGCCAUCGCAAACUUUUAA